GGGGCCGAGCCAGGUUUUUCUAGGGUCCAGACACCCAGGUCUCCUAGUUGGCUCUCUCCGUAGCUUCUCUGUGAUAUUCUAACCAGUGCUUGCCAAGAUGAUGUGUGGCGCGCCAUCCGCCACAAUGCCGGCCACGACCGAGACGCAGGAGAUCGCCGACAAGGUGAAGUCUCAACUUGAAGAGAAAGCAAAUCAGAAGUUUGAUGUCUUUAAAGCCAUAUCCUUCAGGAGACAGGUAGUGGCCGGCACCAACUUCUUCAUCAAGGUUGAUGUCGGCGAAGAAAAAUGUGUGCACUUGAGGGUGUUUGAACCCCUCCCUCAUGAGAACAAGCCUUUGACCUUGUCUUCUUACCAGACCGACAAAGAAAAGCACGAUGAGCUAACCUACUUCUGAUUCUGCAGCCCCUUUGCCAAAUACUUCACCUUUGGAAUCCGUGUUUGGGACCACGAAGUAAAUACCCCUCUGUGAGCAGCUUCCUUUGUGAUGCCCAAACGGCGUUGUAUUUUGUUUCUUUCCAAACAAUUAUUUUCAGAAAACUGUAUAAAACUAUCUCUCUAAAUAUAUAUUUUUAGAGACCGUA